AUGGAGAGAAGACUGCCUUUUCCGUUUCUUUUAUUUUCUCUUUUUAUUUCGAAUACUUUCCUGCAGUCUGUGGCUGUUGAGUGUGCGCUGGCGGCGCAGCAGCAGCAGCAGCAGCAGCUGUCGGUGUCUGCUGCUGCUGCUGCAGCGCGAGGUGUACGUACACCCUGGGGUGUAUCCGCAGCUGGCGACAGCACCUUGCACGCGCCAGAAGGCUCUUCAGAUCAUUUUUUGUUGCAAAGAGCCCCGCAGCCUUCAGUGCAUCUCAAAGUUGUGGACUUUAAUGGAAAUGUUUCUGAAAUUCCAAUUGAAUUCCAAGAAGCGCAGCUGCAGCAGCGGCGCAGCUUCUGGGGAGACGUAGCAGCAAAUGGCUUGGCCCUUUUUCUUGCUUCUGCAUGCAUCAUUUUGGCAAAAGAAUUAUUAAAUUGGAUUUCUUCGAGAAGACACAAAAGAAGAGAAGUGGAAAGAAAAGAAGCUGCUGCUCGCCGCCGCGCUGCGCUCAGCAGCCAGCUGGCAGCAGCGGACGAGCAGCUGCAGCAGCUGGAGCAGCAGCAGCAGCAGCAGCAGCAGCAGCAGCAGCAGCAGCUCGCAGCAGCAGCGGACCAAAGAGCAGCAAGUCUCGCUCUCAGGCGCUUGCUGCAGCAGCUCGAUUCUUACAGAGAAGAAAUCAAAGAAAUGGACUCCCCUGCGCUUUUGGCUUACGUUGAAAGUCUUUUGAUAGCAGCAACGGAGCAGCUGCAGCAGCAGCAGCAGCAGCAGCGCGGCUCCGGCCUUUCGUCUGCAGCAGCAGCAGCAGCAGCUGCUGCUGCUGCUGCUGCUGCACUGCGCCCCUCAAAGACAGAGGCGCAGCAGCAGCGCGGGGAAGGUGCCGGGCCCGCGGGAAGGUCUUUGGACCUCGAAGCAGAAACGGAGCUGCAGCAAGAGCAGCAGCAGCAGCAGCAGCAGCAGCAGCAGCGGCAGCAGCAGCAGCAGCAGCAGCGGAAGCCGGACAUGGAACUGGUGCAGGCUCUGCUGCAGCAGCAGCCGCACUUGAGCCCCAGAGAAGCAAUUCAGAAAGCCACAGAAAUUGCAAAUGGGGCUGGCAGCAGGUGA